AUGAAUAGCCAAUACAUACGUCAUGAAGUGCGGGGAUGUGAAACUAGUGAUCUGAGAAACUUCUGGGAAAAGACUAUUGAAGAACAAACUCGGUAUCUGCAAAUUGAAAAAGAACGUCAGCGAAGAAGUGCUCUGACAAAGCUCAGAAAUGAAUGGAUGGAAAGGCUGGAAAAACGGAUAAAGAUGUUGAGGACUCAACCCGAAGACUCAUCUAGCUGAAGAUCCCACAGUCAUCACAUGCUAGAGGAA